UAGCGGCCUCGGGAGUGCUUCCUGUUUUGAGCCAAGAGUUGUGUGUAGGCUUGCGCCGUGUUGGAAGAGCCAUGUCGGACUCAGAGGAGUAUUCCUCGGGGGAAGAUGAAGAUUAUCUUCCUUCAGGUGAAGAUUACAGUGAGGAUGAUGUGAAUGAACUGGUGGAAGAGGAUGAGCAUGAGGAAAAACAGUCACAGGGGGAAAAGUGCAAGAAGGGUUCCAAGGGGAUCACAGGCCGGAAGAGGUGCAAAGGAGGUGGCCUCUCCUUAGAAUUGGAUGGCGAAACCUCAAAAGAUGACGCAAGUGACAGCAAGGAUGGUGAUGAUCUGGAAGAGAGUUGCCCAGUUGUAAAGGAAGAAGAGAAAAAGAAAAAAGAGGAUGCUUUGUGGGCCAGCUUCCUCAGUGACGUGGGCCAGAAACCCAGAGCCGCUGCUACUGAUCAGGCAACCUGUGUGCCGAAAGACAAGCCAGCAGAGAAAAAUGCGUGCAAGCCUCAGGAGGUGGCAAAGGAACCCACGAAGCCCAAAGUCGCCAUUACUGAAGUGUUUGACUUUGCAGGCGAGGAGGUGAGGAUCACUAAGGAAGUAGAUGCUUCAUCCAAAGAAGCCCAGGUCUUUCUGCAAAAGCAAGAGCAGAAGGCUGUCAGCCCAGUUUCUCAUCCUACAGGUUCUGGAGUGAAGCGGCCAAGUGGACUCAACAGCCUGCUGGGGAAGCUGGGUCCCAAGAAGCAGAAGAUGAGCACGCUGGAGAAAUCCAAGCUGGACUGGGAACACUUCAAAGAACAGGAGGGCAUCGGAGAGGAGUUGGCCAUCCACAACCGAGGGAAAGAAGGAUACCUGGAGAGAAAAGCGUUUCUGGAGCGGGUGGACCACAGGCAGUUUGAGAUCGAGCGGGACAUCCGGUUGAGCACCAUGAAACCCUGAGGCUGCUGCGGAUCCUCUUCCGACGAACGCCUCUCAUUUGGCUAUCCCCUGAAGAGAGUGUCUCGACAAACGUAUAUGGCUUUUCUUUUUUCACCACACUAGUAAGUAGGUGAACUGAGGACACUCUGGCAGACUUUUUUUAAAAAAAUACUACCAGGGUGCUGCCACGUGCCGCAGGCACCAGCUGCUGCUGGGUACUCAAUGGGGUGCUUGCCCAGGAAAGGGACUGCAGUGGGUAUUUUCCAGGUUUUUAUCUCCCCAGCACUGAAGAGGAGAGAAGAGGCAGGUUUUGUGCCACGGUCUGGUCUCCUGAUGGCCGCCAAUUCCAUGGGGUGUCAGGGCCAGAGGGCCCAGCGGCUGAAGGUUUGUAUAGCUUCCUCGUGCAGCUGGAAGGCCGUCUGCUUGAGAACGCUCGGCGGUUGUGCGGUUGCGGGAGGAGUCACCUACCAACCAGCUUCCCGAAGAGGCUUGCUGUUCUUGCUGUGGAGUCUCUGUGUUUUUGUAUUUAAAAAAAACCUUUUCCAGGGUAGUUUUCCUUCAGCUAACUUUCCUUCGUGCUCGGCAGCCACUGCAAGGGAGCAAGAGAGGUGGUGUGCAUGUGAGCAAGGCCGGAGCC